AUGCAAACUGGCCAAAGGGCCACAUCUACCAAACUAUCGCAAUUCUUCCAGGAGGUGGGAGAGACGUCCGAUCAUGCAGCUUUGGACCUUGGCGCGGAACAUAGUGGAGCAGUCCGUUGCAAGACUGCAGUGCAGUCAAAGUUGACCUUGGCUGAACCAAUUACCUACCAUCUCCUUUCUCAGACGGAGGCUUCGCAAAAUGAAAGUUAUGGCCACGACCAGAUCAAUACAGUAUCCCAAGCCUCCAGUUUCACGUGGGAUGGACGACUCCAGACUCAAGCCAACCUCAAAACGGACAGCCCGGUUGGAUUCAAAACAACAGACAAAGAGAUGGAGGGCCAGGCAGGCACUCGUAGGAUGAGUGCCUGCCUCGCACCAUACACUGCUCGGAACGGGGAGCACCUGUACCUUGAGCUGAUCUUUUGCUUCAAUGCUUCCCAAUUCUCCCCUGUUAAGUUCACGAAGAAUCUGGACUUCCCGACACCAGGAGAGAAAUCAAAGAAGAGGACAGAAGAGUUGAACGAAGGGCAGGAGAUAAUAAAGAAGAAGGGAGACUGA